UAAUUUAGUUUUUGUCAGAAGCGUGCCAGAUUUUUUUACCAAAAAACAAUAUGCUCGAUAUGUUGCACACAAGCAUGUAUCUCAUUGAACCAAUCUUAUUAUCUAUUUACGGAAGGUUGAUUAGUUGGAAUAAUGAAAUUAUUUAUUGUAUAUUACUUGUCUCAGAAGCUUCGUUCCAUCACAACUCUUGCUGCUCUUGCCAUUGCAAUUAUCUUUGCUUGGAAGUUGUCGAGAUCUCCUUCCAACCAUCAAAGAAGGCAACGGAAGCAGCCCGGUCCAUUGCCUGCUCGUGCUAAUGCAAGCUUACAUGCAAACAUGAUCGUGCAAUCUUCAGAAGCUAGCACAUCUUCUGGGGACUUAGGAGUGCAAGAUGUAGCUGAUGAAUUUAUCCCGCCAGUUAAGCUGACCCUGGGGCAAUUAGUAAGGCAAAGACUUUGUGAAGGGAGGAAGGUCACUUGUCGGUUGCUUGGUGUAAUUCUUGAGGAGACUAGUCCAGAGGAGAUCCAGUUGCUGUAUCAUGGACAGAAGCAUGCAACUGUGAGAUCUUCUGUGCUAGAAGUAUUAUUGGAGAUCGCAAAAUACUGUGAUCUUUAUCUCAUGGAAAGGAUUCUCGAUGAUGAAAGCGAGGAAAGGGUUUCUGUCAACUUUGAAGGAUUCUGGAGUUUUUACAUCUGGUGGUCUGGUUACUGA